AUGAUGAACGACGCGCGAGCGACGACCGAGUCGCGACGGCGACGAGACACCUUUGGCAGCGACGCCGGCGAUUUGGUCCCUGCCGCCUCGGAGAUCUCCAUGAGCGUCGUCACCGACGAUACUCGACUUUUCCGAGUCCGUUUUGCUUUUCCGUUUGAGAAUAAACUUAAAUCAUCAAGAGACUAACAUUUUUUUAACGAAAAAAAAAAGUUUUUUUUUAUAGAACAGCAAAAGAAAAGUUACCGUGCUUCUCCCAAAAGAAAUGUUUUUCUGAUCUUUGUAAAUUUAGAAAGCUCAUCUGUAACAAAUUAUUAUAGCCUUGGAAAUAUUUUUCCAUUUGUUUAAACUCGCAUGUUUCAGAAAAAAUAUGGUUAUCUAAGGAUAUCUAUCCGAUUUUUUUCCUUUUACGAAAUACUUCUUGUUGCCUCUUUUUCAAAAAUUAUUAUUUUUGGAAAACUUAAUAUUUUGUGAAAUCUGCGAGCCCUGGUGACCACGUGAUUUGAACGAACAAGUGCUAGCCUCGUGAUUCUUCCACCUUCUCCUUUUUUUCUAAUUUUUGUUCGGAAUCAUAAACUUAUUCAAAAUAUGAUAUCAAUCGUUCACUGUGACAGUUCACUUUCUUUCGGCAGUAUUUUGAAGUUUUAUGGCAACAGGGCGGUUUGCAAAGUUGGGUGAUUUUCGCCUCUGCUCGUGUCCCUCACUCACAAAUAUUUGCAAGUGUCGAGUUUUGUGAAAAAAGAGUGAAGCCGAAGUGACUCACGGUUAUUUUUUGUGACUUUAAUGACGAUUUUUUGCUCUUAUCUUGUGAGUUCGAUAAAUAUGUGACCGAUUCGUUUCAAUUACGAAAAAGAUCAAAAGCCAUGCCAUUUAUGAGCAGCUGAAUCAUCAUUAUCAGUAAAAAUAUUUCAAUCCUUGAAACAGUUUUCAACUUUGUUCCUUUCGAAAACCGUAAACAAAAAUUACAGUUGUAAUGAAUUCGGCCACACGAAAAUGUUUCUUUUCGCGAAUACCUACGAAGGAUCAAUUUAAAAUCGAAAUGUAUUGACCUUUUUCUUGAAAUAUAAUUCUGACGAUCAAAGUCACAAAAGCUCGAAGUACAACUUUCAGACUCGCGCCAUUUUUUGAGAGACCUAGUAGUUGAGCUUCUAGGAGUGGCCUAAAGUCAUGCUGGUAAUAAUGAUAAGAAAUUCCUGAUUGGAAGUUCACUUUUUCCAGAACAGUACAUCAAACUUUUGUUAAAGCAACGACCGUGCUUUGAUAUUUUUCUCAAGCCUCUUUCUGGACCCUUUCUCUUCUCAGACACAAAUAAACUGAGAUCAAAAAUUGCAGAUUCGCCGGCCGUUCGGCGGUUCUGCGGAGGACGAAGGCAUGAUGUGGUAAGUAGGCUCCGCCCAAAAAUUCUCGUUUUCCUUUUUCUCCUCACGUUUUCGUUUCACUAACCUCUGCACUGUUCCCUCUUCUUGCGCCAUUCAUGGGCCUCUUUUUUUGGCGUCGUCUUCUGCACCGCUACCGCAAGUUUUCCAGGUGUUUAUUAACCUCCUUAAUGAAUAUGAAGUGCUCUUUGAAAAGUGGUCUUUUUGUUUUUGUUCCAACUGUCUCAAACGAUAAAUUAUUCUUGAUAGGUAUCCGAUUGAUUUGCUGAACGUAUUUAUCACCUAAAAAAGGUCAUCUAUUCCAAUUUUCUUUUCAGAAAAAGAAAAUUCCUGUUUCUUUUCCGGAUCCCUUUUAAACUUUUGUGUUCAUUCCGCUUAAAUUUUGAAAAAAGAAUGUCUAUCUUUUAACGUUCGUCUCUCCUCUUCUUCUUCUCGUCUUUUCUCCCGAGGGUCAAAAUUAAAUGAAAAAGCGAGAAAAAGAAAGUUUAACCUUCUCCAUUCCAUAUAAGUUAUUUACUUUCACAUUUCGAUAUCUCUCUCUUUUUUCCUCAUUUUUCAUCUGAGCCACGAGACCACGUUUAAUGAGGAAUUAUUACGUUAUCCAGUUCUUUUUUUUCUGCGCACUUCAGCUCAAUUUCACGUGGUUUUGCAAUUCGAUUAUGAAGAGAAAGUGGGAAUGCAGGAAACAUCGCGAGAUUUUUUUCUUUUCAAUUUCUCUGUUCUCAUAGAGCAUUUUCGAUUUUAAAUGACUUUUGAGAAUUUAUUUCUGGCGCAUAGAAGGCCAAGGAUAAAAUCAUUGUAGAGUCUAAAAUUUCAAAAAUUUCAGUGAAUACACUACAAAUAGUAAAAUAAUAGAGAGAGUAAAAUCUAUUUUAGUGGGUUCGUGAACGUGGAGCCGGUGCUGUUUCUGACAUCAUGUGCCAUCGGACUUCUGGCGACGAACUCGCAGCUGUUCACGUACUGGGCGAGGUGCAUCCAGAUCGGCAAGCUGGAGAGCGACCUCACCUUCAACGUGACCUACACCUGCGCCCUGCUCGCCGGCACCAACAGCACUCUUCAGGACGACGUCGAACGCGACAUCUCCACCAUGAAGAUCUGGCUUCAGGUCGGAGAACCAAGUUGUAGAUGAUCAUGAAGGCUGGUUUCAGAUCGCCAACAGCUUGCCUACGCUAAUCAUAUCGCCUAUCAUCGGCACUUGGGCUGAUAGGAAAGGUGAGAAAGCCUGGGUUAAAAUCGAAACAUUUAGAAAGCUUUGGAGCAAUAACCUAAAGAAAAAGUACAAGAAUUUUUUAUUAACUGUAAUUUUAACUUUUUCGAACUACGUUUUGAAUAUUUUUCGUCCAAAAAAAAAGUCUCUAGGCCGAAAGCUGCCGCUGUUGUUCUCGCUCUGUGGCUUUUUCUUCUACAGCAUUCUGCAGCUUUGCGCGACGUUGACCUACGAAUCUGUCAACAUCUAUUCCUGGUUCCUAGCUUCAGAACUUCUUCUCGGUAGAUCUCAACCGGUGAAAAAACUACAGACGAUUUUCAGGUUUCUGUGGAGGAUUCGCUACGAUUUUCACGACUGCUCUGACAAUUGUAACAGACGACUGCCGUGGGAAGUUGAGACCUGUGAGUUUUUUUUCCAGCAUAAACCAAAAAGAGUCCCAUAGCGAGUCCUACAGUACCUGUGCUAUUUUUUCAAGUCUGUUCUCAGGGUUCCUCGACAGUGCCUAUGCGGAUAGGAGUGGCCGCAGUUAUUCAAUCGAUAGGAAGUCUUCUUGGUUCACUCAUUAUUUCGCUUCUAGCGGUCCCGGCAGUUCAGAACAUCGAGCGCCACGCACUCAGUUACAUCAAAUCCGCCUUUGUUCGUGAGUUCGGUCAAUAUUUUCAUCUUAAUCGAGGAAAACUUCAGAAGCGGCUCUGUCCCUGAUCGCCAUAAUUUAUGCGAUUUUUUUCGUACGCGAAACGCAUUUCCCGAAACAGGAAGGGUUCCAAUACUCGGAGCUCGAUGGUAACUUUUCUGAUUAUUUUAGGUCAUGGAAGAUGAGAAAAAAAGUGGUUUCAAGAAGAAUUCGGGGUAUUUCAGGUCCGAUGGACGUCAAUUUCGAACCAACCACAAGCCAUGGAACUUCUUUCAUUGGAAAGUUCUUCGGAAUGGUUUCCUCUCUCAUGGAGGUUUCUCAUACAAAAUUAUUACAUUGACUUUAAAAAUCUCUAUCGCAGGUUUUGACAGCUCGACGGCCUGGCUGGUCCAGAUUCUGCCUGAGUUUUUCUCUUCUGCUCAUCUUUGUCGAGUUUUUCUCCAUGGGUCAGUCUGAAGUCUUCCUUUUUUCGCAUUUGAACACUUUUUUCAGAUUCGGCACUUAUAUUAUUGUACUUGAAACGGUUGCCUUUCGCAUGGGACGACAAACUUUUCAGCUACUUUUCCUUGGCCAAAGGGCUUUUAACAGCCCUGGGAAUGAUUUUAUGUGAGUUUCUUUUUAUUUCCCGUUACGUGCGUAGAUAUCUUGAACUGUAUUGCCCAAGGCGAGGGAUAACAUGUUCCUUUGUCAAAUAGUAUCUUGACAGGUCCUCUGGCGUUGACUGCGGUCCACUGGCUUGGAAAAGACUCUCUACUCAUCAUUUUUGCUCUAGCUUCGUCGGCUUUGACUUCGUUUUUCAUGGCUUUCGCGACGACCACACACGAAAUCUUCAUCAGUAUUUCUUGACCUGGUUUUAUGAAACGAAUUGUGGAUAUUCAGCUGUCGGAUUCGCCCUGAUCAUGGGCGGAUUGUCGCCGGCCUACCGUUCUUUUUUGCCGCGAAUGGUAGCGAAAGAAGAGACCGCCAGACUUCUGUGCAGUUAAUCAAUAAAAGGAGACCAAAUCGAAAUUUUGUCAUUCAGUCGUUUCGAUUAUCAUGGCGUUCUGUCCGAUCCUCUCCUCGCUCGUCUUCAACUCCAUUUUCAACGCGACCAUGUCCUGGUGGGCUGGCUUCGCCUUUUUCCUCGGCGGAGUCUUCCAAGCCGCCGUUUUCUUCGGUCAAAUGUUGGUUUUGUUUGGACGUUACUGCUCAGAAAAAGAGGAAAAUAUCAAGUAAAUCUGUAAAUCAAUCCCUUCUAUAGUCUGUGUACCACGGCUUGGAAUUUCACGACAUUCCGCUGUGCCGCUGCGCGCCUUUGCGAACUUUGGUCGCGCUUUAAUUUUUUUUUCUUUUCUUUCAUGUGCACUUUCAUGUGCUCCCACAGCAAAAACAAUAAAUUGAAAGCGUGACUUAGAUUCGAAAGACGCUUCGCGAACGCACACAACGGAACAGCGGAAUGUCGUUCCGUGGAAUUUCAAGUCGUGUCGUGGCACACAGACUGUACAACAAUGCAGCAGAUUUUCUAUUGGAAUCAUAUUUUUAAAAUUUUAUUGCUCGAGUGAGGCUUUUUUCUCGGAAUCAAUCAAUUUUUUUUUAGUUAUAAAUGUAAUUUACUGGGUGGUAAACCUGAACUUUUAAAUUGUGAACUAUUUCGAUACGUCUUCUGUAUCAGCGCUGUGUUCCUCAAAAUAAUUGCUUCUUAAUGAGAAUAAAAUGAGCGAUCGAAGUUGGAACUCAGUUUCCGAGAGGUUGAUAUUGUUGAUUCGCAGUGGCGUGCACAUUCUGAUGCGCCCUCAAUGGGAGCUGGACAAGCAACUCGACGACCGACGUCACAACCAAUCGAUGGUCGGAGAAGGCGAGUAUUAUCCAAAUCGCCCUGGUAUUUCUUUUACGUCUUCUUCGAUCUCGAAUUGAACCAUUUCGCAGAAGAUGAAGAAAGGAGCGUUUCAAAUACCGCCGUUUCCGACGUCAACUCAACGGGCCGCGUCGAACUUCUGUGA